UGUCUCUGUUGUGUUGAAGCCCAAUCAAGCAGGAGAGACCAGCCUCUCCUGUUCCCAGCUGUGUGUCCAUGAAGAGUGACGAGUCUAUGGACAAUCCUAUACUGUUUAGAGAGGGAGACUUUUCUACUGAACAAAGUCCAAUCAAGCAGGAGAGACCAGCCUCCCCUGUUCCCAGCUGUGUGUCCAUGAAGAGUGACCGGUCUAUGAAUCGUCCUAUAAACUUUAGAGAGGGAGACUUUUCUACUGAACAAAGAAACCAACAGGAGGGAUCAGAGUCAGAGAUUCUCAGUGGUCAGUCUUCCCAGAGUCAUCAAACAGACCUGGCCUCCAUAUUCAGUAUGCUUGAAGAGAAUAUUAUGACAUUAGUGAAGAACGAGCUGAAGAUGUUCAAGAGGAUUCUUAGUCCAGAACUCCCAGAAGGCUUUGAGAGUCAGAAGCAGGAAGUGGUGGAUGCUGAAGAUGAGAAGCAGGAGAGCAGUGCCAGAGAGGGGGCUCUGAAGAUCACACUGCACGUCCUGAGGAAAAUGAACCAGAAGGAGCUUGCUGACACACUGGAGAAAUGUAAGAUCUAUGAGCUUGCUGUGAUUUGCCAACGUGAACUCAAAUCUAAUCUAAAGAAGAAGUUUCAAUGUGUAUUUGAGGGGAUCGCUAAACAAGGAAACCCAACACUUCUCAAUAAGAUCUACACAGAGCUCUACAUCACAGAGGGUGGAACAGGAGAGGUCAAUAAUGAACAUGAGCUGAGACAGAUUGAGACAACAACCAGGAAACAAGCAAGACCAGAGACUGCAAUCAAAUGUAACGACAUCUUCAAACCCUUAACUGGAAAAGACAAACCUAUCAGAACUGUGCUGACAAAGGGAGUCGCUGGCAUUGGAAAAACAGUCUCUGUGCAGAAGUUCAUUCUGGACUGGGUUGAAGGAAAAGCAAAUCAGGAUGUCCAAUUUGUAUUUUCAUUCCCUUUCCGGGAGCUGAAUUUGAUGAAAGAGGACAAACACACUUUCAUUAAACUUCUCAAUCACUUCUCAAUGGAAACCAAACAAUCAAGAAUCUCCAACUACAACAAGUACAAAGUUCUGUUCAUCUUUGAUGGUCUGGAUGAGUGCCGACUGCCCCUAGACUUCCAGAAGAACAAGAUCUGUUGGGACGUCACAGAGUCAACCUCAGUGGAUGUUCUGCUGACAAAUCUCAUCAAGGGAAAUCUGCUUCCCUCUGCUCUCCUCUGGAUAACUACCCGACCUGCAGCAGCCAAUAAGAUCCCAUCAUGGUGUGUUGACCAGGUGACAGAGGUACGAGGGUUCAAUGACCCACAGAAGGAGGAGUACUUCAGGAAGAGAUUCAGUGAUGAGGACCUGGCCAGCAGAAUCAUCUCACACAUAAAGACAUCAAGGAGCCUCCACAUCAUGUGCCACAUUCCAGUCUUCUGUUGGAUUUCUGCAACAGUCCUUGAACACAUGUUGAAACAGAAGAGAGAAGAGAUGCCCAAGACUCUGACUGAGAUGUACACACACCUUGUGGUGUUUCAUACCAAACAGAAGAAUGAAAAGUAUCUUGGGAAAGAAGAGACAGAUCCACACUGGAAUAAAGACAGCAUUCUGUCACUGGGAAAACUGGCUUUUCAACAGCUUGUGAAUGGCAAUCUGAUUUUCUAUGAAGAAGACCUGAAGGAGGCUGGCAUUGAUGUCAAUGAAGCCUCAGUGUACUCAGGAUUGUGCACACAGCUCUUUAAAGAUGAAUGUGUGCUGUACCAGGACAAGGUGUACUGCUUUGUUCAUCUGAACAUUCAGGAGUUUCUGGCUGCUGUAUAUGUGUUCCUCUCAUUCAUCAACAAUAAUGACAAUCUAAUGGACAAACUGCAAACAAACAACAAGUCUGAAAUUACUUUCUACAAGAGUGCUGUGGAUAAAGCCUUACAAAGUGAGACGGGAAACCUGGACCUUUUCCUCCGCUUCCUUCUGGGCCUCUCACUGGAGUCCAAUCAGAAGCAUUUACGAGGUCUACUGACAAAGACAAGAAGCAGCUCACAGAGCCAUGAAGAAACAGUCAAGUACAUCAAGGAGAAGAUCAGGGAGAAUCCCUCUCCAGAGAGGAGCAUCAAUCUGUUCCACUGUCUGAAUGAACUGAAUGACCAUUCCCUAGUGGAGGAGAUCCAAAGAUACCUGAGCUCAGGAAGUCUCUCAGAAGACGAACUGUCACCUGCACAGUGGUCAGCUCUGGUCUUUGUGUUGCUGACUUCAGAAAAGGAGCUGGAUGCGUUUGACCUGAAGAAAUACUCCAGAUCAGAGGAAGGUCUUCUGAGGCUGCUGCCAGUGGUCAAAGCCUCCAGAGCUGCUCUGCUGUCAGGCUGUGGAGUCACAGAGAAAGGCUGUGCUUCUCUGGUCUCAGCUCUGAGGUCAAACCCCUCACACCUGAGAGAGCUGGAUCUGAGUAACAAUGACCUGAAGGAUUCAGGAGUGAAGCUGCUCUCUCCUGGACUGGGGAAUCCCCACUGUAAACUGGAGACUCUGAGGUUGUCAGGCUGUCUAGUCACAGAGGAAGGCUGUGCUUCUCUGGUCUCAGCUCUGACGUCAAACCCCUCACACCUGAGAGAGCUGGACCUGAGUAACAAUGACCUGAAGGACUCAGGAGUGAAGCUGCUCUCUGCUGGACUGGGGAAUCCCCACUGUAAACUGAAGACUCUGAGGCUGUCAGGCUGUCUAGUCACAGAGGAAGGCUGUGCUUCUCUGGUCUCAGCUCUGAGGUCAAACCCCUCACACCUGAGAGAGCUGGACCUGAGCUACAAUCACCCAGGAGACUCAGGAGUCAGACUGCUCUCUGCUGGACUGGAGGAUCCACACUGCAGACUGGAGAAACUCAAUGUGGAACAUGGUGGAGAGAACAGAAUGAAACCUGGGAUUAGAAAAUAUGUCUGUGAUCUCACACUGGACCUAAACACAGUAAACAGAUUCUUCUCUCUGUCUGAGGAGAACAGAAAGGUGAUAUGUAGGAGAGAGGAGCAGCCGUAUCCUGAUCACCCAGAGAGAUUUGAGGACUGGAGACAGGUGCUGUGUAGAGGGGGUCUGACUGGGCGCUGUUACUGGGAGGUAGAGUGGAGUGGGGGAGGGGCUGCUAUAGGAGUGACAUAUAAAGGAAUCAACAGGAGAGAAGGUGGUAAUGACUGUGGUCUUGGACACAAUGACAAGUCCUGGAGUCUGUUCUGUUAUGACAACGGUUACAUUGCCUGGCACAAUAAUAAUCCCACUACCAUAGACGUCCCCUCCUCCAGCUCCCACAGAGUAGGAGUGUAUCUGGACUGGCCAGCCGGCACUCUGUCCUUCUAUAGAGCCUCCUCUGACACACUGACCCACCUGAUCACAUUCACCUCCACAUUCACUGAGCCCCUCUAUCCAGGGUUUGGAGUUUGGGAUGAUGGUGACUCAGUGUCCCUCUGUCAGUGAUACACACACUGGACACACUGGACACACACACACACACUGGACACACACACACACUCACACUGGACACACACACACACUGGACACACUCACGCUGGACACACACACACACUCACACUGGACACACACAGACACACUGGACACACACACACACACACACACACACACACACACACUCACGGUGGACACACACACACACUCACACACUGGACACACUCACACUGGACACACACACACUCACACACUGGACAGAUACACACACACUGGACACACACACACACUGGACACACACACACUGGACACACACACACACUGGACACACACACACUGGACACACACACACUGGACACACACACACACACUGGACACACACACACUGGACACACACACACACUGGACACACACUCACACUGGACACACACUGGACACACACACACACUCAUACUGGAAACACACACACACACACACACACACACACACUGGACACACACACACACACACUGGACACACACACACACACACACACACACACACACUGGAAACACACACAUACACACACACACACUGGACACACACACACACUGGACACACACUCACACACUGAAAACACACACACACUCACACUGGACACACACUCACACUGGACACACACACAGACACACUGGACACACACACUCACACUGGACACACACACAGGACACACACACACUGGACACACACACACACACACUGGACACACACACACACACACACUGGACACACACACACACACACUGGACACACACACACACACACUGGAAACACACACAUACACACACACACACACACACACACACUGGACACACACACACACUGGACACACACACACACACACACUGGAAACACACACAGACACACUGGACACACACACAGACACACUGGACACACACACAUUCACACUGGACACACACACACUCACUGGAUACACACACACACACACACACUGGACACACACUGGACACACACACACACACACACUGGACACACACACACUCACACUGGACCAACACACACACUGGACACACACUGGACAGAUACACACACACUGGACACACACUGGACAGAUACACACACACUGGACACACACUGGACAGAUACACACACACUGGACACACACACACACUGGACACACACUGGACAGAUACACACACACUGGACAAACACACACACUGGACACACACUGGACAGAUACACACACACUGGACACACACACACACUGGACACACACACUCACACUGGACACACACACUCACACUGGACACACACACAGACACACUGGACACACACACACACACUGGACAGAUACACACACACUGGACACACACACACACACUGGACACACACACACUGGACACACACACACACACACUUACUGGACACACACACACACACACACACACUGGACAGAUAUACACACACACUGGACACACACACACUGGACAGAUAUACACACACACACACACACACUGGACAGAUAUACACACACACUUGACACACACACACACACUGGACAAACACACACACCCACACACACACACACUGUAGAAACACACACACACACACACACACACACACACACACACAUACACAUGCGUGUCUUCCUAUAAUUGUGACAAUAACAAUGUUAAAAUACCAAUGUGAUCAUUUGUUGUCUUUUAUGUUGAAUAACAAAUUGUAUAAUUAUAUAUGGACAUACGCUCCAUAGUUGUACAAGUAUUCAAGGAUAUAUUGUACUUUUCAUAAUAAAACAUACUUGAAACAAGAAAAGCA